CUGUGCCUUCCACAACUGACGUGAUACUUGUUGGCUGUACGACGACUACGGAGUAAAGUACUACUAACUACCUAGUACUCCAAGGCACUAAGUACUACUACCUGCUUACGCAUAUUCAGAUGCAUCACGUCCUGACCUGACAGGCAUCAACUUUUGUGUCUCAUGUACCCUCGUCCAACACCAACACCAACACCAACACUACGACGACAAUCUUUUCUUCUCGUCCACCAUUUGUCUCAACAUUACAAUCAUCUCAUCCAUCUUCGGAUCUCUACUUCUCAACAUGUCUAAUUGUUGUUAAUCCUCGCAGAAACACGCCUUCAAAUUACACUGUAUCUCCAUCGCACCUUCCCACCAUCUCCCCGCAGCCUACUGCUCAUCUACCCUUCUAUCGCUCAUGGACUCUUACCGCGGUCGUUCCAUCUCCUCUUCCUCCGCCUCCUUCAGACUUGACGAGGGCUUCUCCGAAGAAACUGCCAGUCAGAAUGAAAGCAGUCGGAUUACUCCCUCCACCGAUCGUUUUCAGGCCUGGGUCCUCUCUCAGAACGAGGAAUCUCGCGCUGAAAUCGCGUACGAGGUGUUAAGAACCCUUCGGACAUCAAGCAUUGCAGCCGUCGUCGAAAGACUGACGCCUUUAUUACACAUGGAUCCCUUGGAGAAACUCCCUCCCGAAAUAACAUGUCAGAUCUUCUCAUACCUCGACGCCAGUACCCUCAUGACGGCGUCGUUGGCCUCUCGCACCUGGCGAGCACGUGUUAUGGACACCAUGUUGUGGCAGGAUCUCUACAAGAGCCAGGGUUGGGGAAUUGAUACUACUGAAGUUAAAGCCUUUGAAAACACUCAUCUAUCCAUCACCAGACAUGGAACCCGCCGUCGUCUCCCACGACCUGGUCAGCCUCAGCUGAAGAAGCGUGCUACUUCAGACUGGCUCCAGUCCAGGGGUCGUCAAGGCUCCGCUGACGUUUCACAAUGGCGCGAGCAACACGGAACCAUUGAGGCAGAUUCAGACAUGCCUUCAGACCCCGACGAUCAAGAAAUGCAAGAUGCUCCAAACAGUCUCGCCAACUCUCCCCAACGUCCAAACAAACGCCACAGCAACGACUCGGGCGACGAGAUGGAUUAUGUGUCUAGCUCUCCUGCACUUCCUCACCCUCCAAAUAACCGGAAAAAGGUGCCACCCGAGACCGAACCUCCAUUCAAGUCGCGACUCAUCACCUACGACAGCAACGGCGGUGAGAAGUUGAAUUGGCUCAAUCUUUACAAACAACGCCAACGACUGGAACAAAAUUGGACCAACGGACAAUACACCACAUUCCAGUUGCCACAUCCAUCAUAUCCAAGAGAAGCCCACACCGAAUGCGUCUACACCAUCCAAUUCUUCGGCAAGUGGUUAGUCAGUGGUAGUCGUGACAGAUCUCUCCGAGUCUGGGAUCUCGAAACGCGUCGUCUUCGUGGUAAACCCUUGUUAGGUCAUUCUCAGUCGGUCCUCUGCUUGCAAUUCGAUCCCACCGAACAAGAAGACGUGAUAAUUUCUGGAAGUUCAGACUCGAGCGUGAUUGUCUGGCGCUUUUCCACCGGCGAACGAAUCCAUAAAAUCCCCUCGGCCCACGAAGAAUCCGUUCUCAAUCUUCGCUUCGAUCAUCGAUACCUUGUCACCUGCAGCAAAGACCGCAAGAUCAAGAUUUGGAACCGCAAGCAUCUCACCGCCGCCGACCCUGAUUACCCACAACAUUCUCGCCAAAGUUCGGCUCGCCUUCCGAGUUACAUUGUCAACCUCGACGAAGUCGAACCCUCCCUCCUAGAGGCUCGCAUUGCCAACGGCAGCAUUCGAGCCUUACAGCCCUACACUCUCCUGAUGACUCUCGAGGGUCAUGGCGCCGCCGUCAAUGCCAUCCAGAUCAAUGGAGAUCUUAUCGUAUCGGCUUCUGGUGAUCGGCUCAUCAGAGUAUGGAACGUUAAGGACGGUCGACUCUUGCGCAGUCUCCAAGGGCAUCACAAGGGUAUUGCCUGUGUUCAGUUUGACAGCAAACGAAUCGUCAGUGGAAGUAGUGACAACACCGUUCGUAUCUACGAUCCCUUCACCUCUGCCGAAGUCGCCGAGCUCAAGGGCCACACCAACCUCGUGCGGACCGUGCAGGCCGGCUUUGGAGAUAUGCCCGGCGCCGACGACGCUUCGACGGCACGUGAGGUUGAGAAAAAGUUCCUUCAGGCUGUCGCGAAUGGUACUGUCCCAGAUGACCGACAGUAUUUUCGGCGUGUCAGAAACGGCGAAUUUGGCUCUAGUCGUAUGGCUCUCAAUUCCAAGCUUCCCCCUGGUGGUGGUGGGAGUAAAUGGGGUCGGAUUGUGUCAGGAUCUUACGAUGAAACCAUCAUCAUCUGGCGAAAGAAUGCCCAAGGCGACUGGGUCGAGUCACAACGGCUUCGUCAGGUCGCUCAUACCCCGGAUGGUGCUCGGCCGCGCCCAUCACAACCACCCAAUGUUGCCGCCACGUUACCUCCUCUUCCGAACACGCUUGCGGCGCCUAUGCCACCUCAGGCUCCCCACUUAACACAGGGCCAAUCUUCAAGCUCCAACGUCGGUUCCUCCUCCAAUGCCAAUCAUCAGGCUGUUCUUGCCGCGACUCAGGUCAUGCAACAAGCAGUGGGAAGUGGCAUGGCGGGUCUGGGAUCUGGCUUGCUAAACGCCUUCGGGGCAGCCAGUACAGCGGGGUUGGGCACUUGGCGAACCAGCUCGACUAAUGCUCGCGUGAGCGUGACAUCGUCGGUUGGACCCAUCCAAGGCCAAUCUCCAAGUACCGUCUUGCCCGAUGCGGCGGCAUCUAUAUCUCAAACAGUACAACAUGCACUAACGCAGGCUCCUGCUCAAGAACCUUCAGUCAAUCAACCUCAAAGGUCGAAUAUAUCCAACAGUAGUGGUCCCACCCCUGGACCACAACCCCAGCCACAAGGGUCAUCGGCUACUAGUCAACCAGGAGCUCAAGUGACCAAUAACCACCAUCACCAACAUCAUAACAAUAACACAGGUGGUCAAGCUCCAGUACCAAACCAACAUCAUCCCGUAGCCCCAGCAUCAGUAUCCCGAGUUUUCAAACUUCAAUUUGAUGCCCGUCGCAUUGUCUGUUGCUCCCAGGAUUCUCGGAUUGUCGGAUGGGACUUUGCUAAUGGCGACCCUGACAUUGCAGAGGCGGCCAAAUUCUUUGUUGGGCCAUGAUCAGCGGUAUUGGCCGUAUCACGCACUAUUGCAUGUUGUAUACCAAUUAUGCAUUACAAAGAGCAUGGAUGUCGGCGGGGUCGAAGCGUAUAGGUAGUCACGUGAAAUGCCCACGAUUGUUAUAAGGCGCCUCCUGUUCUAGGUAUUCGUAUUUUUCUGUGGACAAGGGAUGUAUUUGAUUCCGU